AUGGCAGGUUCGAUCUCGACCUCGCGGCUCCUAUCGUCUCCUUCGUAUUCGGGCUCAGACUCGUUGUCUUUCCUAGCUACACAGAAACCAUUUCGCUGUUAUCCAUUUCAAUCUCGGAGUCCAUCGAGAUCUCCGUUUCCCUCAUUUCUAAUUCGAUCUGGAAUCCGCGAGCUACGAGAACGAAUCGAUAGUGUGAAGAACACACAGAAGAUAACCGAAGCAAUGAAACUCGUUGCGGCUGCUAGGGUUCGUCGAGCUCAAGAAGCAGUCAUCAAGUGUAGACCUUUCAACGAAACCCUUGUCGGGAUUCUCCACUCGAUUAACCAAUCUGCUCAAUUGGAAGACAUUGAUUUUCCUCUGAGUAUAAUCAGACCCGUAAAGAGAGUUGCUUUAGUUGUUGUAACUGGUGAUAAAGGCUUGUGUGGUGGUUUCAACAAUUCGGUGAUCAAGAAAGCUAGUUUAAGGAUUCAAGAGUUGAAGCAGAGAGGUAUAGACUGCGUUGUGAUAAGCGUAGGUAAGAAAGGGAAUUCGUAUUUUAGUCGGAGAGACGAGAUUGAUGUCGAUAAAUGUAUACAAGGAGGAGGAGUUUUUCCUACUGUUAAAGAAGCUCAAGUUAUUGCAGAUGAUGUGUUUUCCUUGUUUGUGAGUGAAGAGGUUGAUAAAGUUGAGCUUGUUUACACAAAGUUUGUGUCUUUAGUGAAAUCUGAUCCUGUGAUUCACACUUUGUUGCCGUUGUCGAUGAAAGGAGAGUCUUGUGAUGCGAAUGGAGAGUGUGUUGAUGCUAUGGAGGAUGAGAUGUUUAGGCUAACGAGCAAAGACGGGAAAUUAGCUGUGGAAAGGACUAGGAUUGAAAUCGAGAAACCGGAGAUUUCACCGUUGAUGCAGUUUGAGCAAGACCCUGUUCAGAUUCUCGAUGCAAUGAUGCCUUUGUAUUUGAACAGUCAGAUUUUAAGAGCACUGCAGGAGUCUUUAGCGAGUGAGCUCGCGUCGAGGAUGAGCGCCAUGAGUAACGCGACUGAUAAUGCUGUUGAAUUGAAGAAGAAUCUUACGACGGCUUAUAACCGAGCGAGGCAAGCUAAGAUCACUGGGGAGCUGCUGGAGAUUGUGGCUGGAGUCGAGGCUCUUCGAGAGUCUUAA